AAACAUGAUUUCAUUACUGGAGAAAUGUCUUUUUGUUGUUCACAGACUGAAAAGACUUCCUCUCAAAAAGGAGCUCAGAACACCGGAACUCUGAGUCAUUUUACUUGCCAACAUUGUGGAAAGAGUUUAAAAAAAAGAGAAAACCUUCAAAUCCAUAUGAGAAUUCACACUGGAGAGAAGCCUUUUACCUGCCACCAGUGUGGAAAGGGCUUCCCACGAAAAGAUAAUCUUAGGAUUCACAUGAGAAUUCACACUGGAGAGAGGCCUUACACCUGCCAACAGUGUGGAAAGAGCUUUCCACGAAAAGAUAAUCUUAAGAUUCACAUGAGAAUUCACACUGGAGAGAAGCCAUUUGUAUGUGGUCAGUGCGGAAAACGUUUCCCACAUAAAGCAACCUUUUAUACUCACAUAAGAAUUCACACUGGAGAGAAGCCUUACACCUGCAAACUGUGUGGAAAAACUGUGAAUCGAAAAGGAAAUCUUACGGCUCACAUGAGAGUUCACACUGGAGAGAAGCCUUUCGCAUGUGAUCAGUGUGGAAAAUGUUUCGUACGUAAGGAAGGCCUUAGUAAGCACAUGGAGAUUCACUCAAGUGAGAGCUGUUUUAUAUGCCCUCAGUGUGGAAGUACAUUCACAGACAGGAAACACUUUAAGAGCCACAUAAUAACUCACAUGGGACAGGAGCCUUUUAUGUGUCAUCACUGUGGAAAGACUCUCACAAAAAAAGCAAACCUCAAGACUCACAUGAGAAUUCACACUGGAGAGAAGCCUUUCACAUGUGAACAAUGUGGAAAGAGUUUCAGACAGAAAACAACCCUUUAUACCCACAUGAGAGUUCACACCACAGAGAGGCCUAUUCGAGUAUGUUUAGUGUGAGUUUCACAUAUCAAAUAGAUCUGAAGAGUUAUUUGCAAACUUAUUCUGGCAAGAAAUUGCAGUGUUCUGAAUGGGGUAAGAGGUUUAGAGAAAGGAGCACCUCCAUCUCCAGAAAGUAGGGUGCCUGUGGGUCCUUGAAAAGGCUGUAAUAGCAUUAAAUUCACUUUCAACAACAAGUCCAUAAAAGUCCUAAAUAUUAUAAAUGAUAAGGGAAAAUAUUUGAAGCACAAACAGAGGAGAUGCUUGAAAAGGCAAACCUGUUUUUGAUUGGCUAGAGAUCAUGUCAUGGAUGUGAUUCGCAAGUCAUAAUCUUCUAAUA